AUGCCACAUCUGUCUUCAUGUAAAUUGGUCAAGGUUAAAGAUGAUUAUUGUGACAUUAAUAUCGAGUGGUAUAAAGGGGAACAAUCAACAAUUUCUAUUCGUCCACAAGAUCGGGAAAUUUAUCAUCCACACGUCGGAGAAGCGAUCAUAUCGGUUACCGCAUAUCCAUUCCUAACAAAACACGACCUCAAUGAAACACGAUGGACCCAUACUGUUCUAUAUCAUUGUAAUAUGGACAAAUGUAAUCAUCCCGAUAAACUCUACGCACUGUUGAAAUCUGUCACAUCCGUCAGAAAGUUUGAACAAAUAUUACCCAUGUUAAUUUCAAGUACCACGACGAAUCAACCGUUAAACUGUUAUAGAUAUACGAAUUCUAGCUAUUCAUGCGAUAUACACGCAAACCGUUUAUCGUGUUCUGGUUCUUGCUUAGGAAUAUGGGAUAAAAAUGGAAUAUGUGCAAUGUGUGACAACGAGGUUUCAUAUCAGCAUCCACAGAUUUUCAUGGCCGAAAGCAUUUAUAUACUAGCUAACCGUACACGUGAACAACGUGUUCUACUAGCAUGCACUGCGUCGAUGUGCAAUUCGCUUGAAAAUACACGACGAAUAUUGCAAGCGCAUAACAAUGAAUUCGAUAUUGACACAUUUUUAUAUAACGUACAGCUUGUGAGUAACGGAGCAUAUGAACCUAAAGUGGUACUGAUAUUGACGGUUGUCUACGUUUUUGCCUUACAGAAACUCAGCUGA